GCUUGUUCAAUGAAAAUGAAACCCAGCAAGAAGCCGCCGGUUUGCAGAGGGGUUUACGCGCCUCCUCCUGCCCGCGGCCCGCCCCGGAAGCCGCCGCCACAGCCCGCCUGCCCGGAGCCUUCGGAGGCGGAACGCAUGUUCGCGGCGCGGGGUCCGGGCCGGGCGGCGGUACUGGCUGGACUCGGGAAGAUGGCGGCCGCCGUGGCGGGCCCACGUGGACGCGGGUUUGCGGCGGGCGAGGAGGCGGACAGCGAUUCUGAGUUAAGCUCAGGACUCCCAGAAGACAGCUACUCUUCAGGAGGUGAAGCCCUGGAUGGUGAUGACGAAGAUGAAACGGCAGCCCUUGGCAAUGUGGUUGAAGAGGCAACAAAUUCCAAAGCUGGCCCAAGUGCGGGCUGGGCAGAUGCCAUGGCUAAAGUGCUCAACAAAAAGAUUCCACAAAAUAAGUCCACUAUCUUGGCCAAGAAUAAAAAACUGGAGAAGGAGAGAGAAAAGGAAAAACAAGAAAGGCUGGAGAAGAGGAUGAAGCUCGAUAAAAAGCGGGAGUGGGAAAUGAUGUGCCGAGUGAAGCCAGAUGUUGUCAAAGACCGAAACAUAGAAAGAAAUCUUCAGAGAAUUGCCACAAGAGGUGUUGUACAAUUGUUUAAUGCUGUCAGGACACACCAAAAGAAAGUUGAUGAGAAGGUGAAGAAAGCUGGGAGCUCUGACAGGCAGCGUGCGAAACUGCUGUCAUCUGUUUCAAAGAAAGAUUUCAUCAGUGUUUUAAGAAACAUGGAGGGUGCUAAAGGAAGCAAGAAUUCUGCUGGAAAGGCCACAAAAAGUAAACAGGGUGAAGUGAAGUCUGAAGAGGGGCCAGAAUGGAAUAUACUGCGUGAUGACUUCAUGAUGGGAGCAUCUAUGAAAGACUGGGACAAGGAAAGCGAUGGAGAGGGCAAUGCUGACCAAGGAGGUGGUCUGAAACAAGAAGAUGAGAGUGACUGAAUGAAACUGAAAACCACUCAAGAUAAUGUUUUAUCUUCUUAACUUUGUUUGGAUAAAAAGUCAGCAUUCUGUGAAUGUACAACACUUGGAGGAUUUUUUUUUUUUUAAAAAAAGACUUGCACAACUUCGGAGUGUUUUCUCCUCCAUGUCAAACUUUUGUUUAAUAUAGCUUCACUUGCUAUACUGAAAUCCUGAAAUAUUUUCCAAAACAUGUAUAAUUUUCAACAUAUUUCCAAAACAUUUUGUACAGUCAAAAUAGUGGCACCUGCCCAAUGAAAGAAAGAUUUUGCCAAGGUCAUUAAAAGUUUAUACAUUAGUCAUGGCAAUUGAUGUAUUUAGUGUGCCUGCAUUUCCAAAUCGGUGAUGCACUUUGAAAAGUUGUUAGCAAUUCGCAACAGAAAUGGCUUACAAUAAACACAGAAAUGCCGUCACCUUGUAAAGUUAUCGGACUCCUAUAGAGUCUUUACUACUUUGGCCAGAAAAGGUUUUGUACAUAAUAAAAAGAAGUAACCAUUAAUGUGAUAGUUCUGGUCUUGGAGCAGUAGUUUGAUUGGAGACAACUCUGGAAACAUAACUGUAAAAAGAGAGACGUGACCCUACUGGUUGGCUUUUGUAUUUAUUUUUAUAUAUAUACAUAUGUAUGUUUUUUUUCCAUUGCAAGUUUGAGGUCGACUAAGCUAAGAGACUGGUAAGAGAGAAAAGGACAGUUGUUGGUAUUGUUUUUGUUGGAGGAGAGAGGGUUUUCUAGCAAUACCACAUAAAAUUGUAUUCAGUGUUGCUUCAUUUGCAGUACUGGUGUUCUGGCCUUUUUCAGUAAGGUGCUGGUUUAGUCAGCUAUAAAGCUAAUUCCUCAGCUCUGUAAAGGGUCAAACAAAAGCCCUUCCUCUUAGGUGUGUAUUGUAACAGUACCACAUUUUGGAAGACAUCUGUCAGCAUAACAAUUUGGCUCUGUUUAAGCUACAGCAGUUUCUCCUAAUUAAUGUUUGAUUGCAAAGGUGCAGAAGCCAACAUGCAUAAUACCAAUAUAUGUAUUCUGUAUAAGCAUAUGCAUACAGAAGGAGGGGUGUUGUGAUUAUGUUGUUCUAAUUGGGAGUCUGGGGUUGAAUUGUGCUGCCUCCGCUGUUCCAGGCUGGCUGAUGCUGUGUUGUUUGUUUAACUUUGUUAUCGCAUUUCCCCAUUUUUGCUAUGUGAAGAAAAUGCUUUGGGGCCUAUUAAUUGGCACUUAAAUGACAUAGGAUGAUUGUCUGUUUCUACAGAUGUCUUAUGUACAAACCUUUCUUUGUGCCUGCUUAUAUGCAAGAUAUGAUUAGGAGCAACUUUUAAAUUUGCAGUCUUUGGCAUAGGAAUGUGUGGUAGGACAGUGGAUUUAGAUUUUCCUGAUGAAGAUGUUGAGGAGAGGAUUGGGAUUGACCUUUGUGUAUGCUGCAGGAUAAAAAAAUGUACAUACAAAAUGGCAGAGAAACCCAUCCUAACAACCGGCAAUGGCUCUGUUAUCCCCAGCCUAUUCAUCUGGUAUAUAUUGUAGCAUAACUCUUUGAGGAGAACUCAAAGCUAACAGCAGAAAUGUUUAGAUUUUCAAGCUGUUUUGAGUGUUAAACAUAUUAGAUAUCUGAGGAGACAUUAGUUUGUGGCCUGAUAUUUAUUAUCAUAAAUGAAGGCGUACACCCAAAAUACCAAGUGGCAAAACCACAGAAGUUUGACAUAUGGUUAUCCCGGCUUCUGAAGGUUAGACAUCUGUAUAGCUGUUCAGCAAGAGUUGGCAUCUCAUUAGUGCAAUACACACGUAUACUACAAUGAGUUUUGAGUCUAUAAAGCAGCAUACUAGUCUAAUUUGACAUUUUUUUUCUACAGGGUUCAGUUACUUUGUGUGGAAAAUUACAUCAGCACCCUUAAAUCUACAGUUGUUCUCUUGUUUGAUUUCACCAGUGUCUGUAUGAGAUCAAACUUUUGGAAAAUAAUCUAGUUUUUCUAAGGAACGACAACAUCCUGAGGUGAUUAUUCAAAAUUUCAAAAUACUUUCAGAAUACUUCUGGAAUACUUGGAUGUUUAUGAGUUUUAUUUGUGCAUUUUUGAAGUAAUGUUUUGAUUAAAGGACUGGUGUCACUUGUGUAUUUAAGAAAA